CAUGAACCGGGUCUAUUGCACCGCGCGAAGCUUCAGAACAAGUGUAAAAUCGAACGGAUGGGUACAUAAAUGGUCGAGAUUCAAGCGGUGGCAGGAAAUGCAGGCGGCACAUGUGGAAAAUGUGCAGGAAAAGCAGAGGAAUAAGAAUUUUAUUCGAUUACCGACGGGACUGUAUAUUACACCGGAAAGACCCGAUGAUUUAAAUCCCAAAAAAGCGCCAGCAGACAUGACACGGAAGGAUACUGGACAGUUGCCGAUGGAGCUGCUGACGUGGCACACACAAAUGCGCUACGUAGAUCAUUCAAUCGAUAAUAUUAAACGAUAUCGGAGAUAUAAAAAGUUUCAGCAUAUGCAAUAUGAUCAGAGAGUAAUCCCCGAAAGACUACUUUUCCUCGGGCCCGACCUGGCGGCGGCUCAUUUUCUGGUACACAGAGGUGCGGCGGUGAAGUUUGUCGGCGAUGAUAAUUGGUAUAAGAAGGAUAAGUGGAAUAGAUACAGUCUGCCGGGCCGAAAAGUCGACAAUCUCUUCAUCGAAGCAAUCGACGCCUCGGGCACCCAAAUAAUGUUCGAAGGGCUUGAAAAUCUGGAAAAUCUCCAAAAACUUCGGCUUCUCCGCCUGGCGAACAGCGAAUAUGUCGAUGAUUGGUGUAUUGGAAGGAUCGGAGGACUUCUACCGAAUCUUGAAAUGCUUGAUCUAUCCGGAUGUCAUCGAAUCUCAUCUAAAGGCCUAAUGGGCCUAAAAGCCUCAAAAAAUUUGAAAUUUCUACGUCUGGAAGGGCUCUCGGGCAUUCGGAAUCUGGGAAAAUCUGCUCUAAUCCUUGAGGAUUUACUCCCAAAACUUCAAAUUCUUGGAAUGGAUUAUGAGCUUAGUUUUAGACAAAUUGAGGCCGAAAAUAGGCUUUUGGAGCAGGAAAGAGUCGUUCUUGAUGGCCGAGGAAAUGCUUUUGUGGAAGAUGAUAAUUCUCGGCUUUUUCUGGUUAUGUCUACGUCAUCAGAUGAUAAAGCGGUCACUGAUGAUCAUGAUAACCCGAUUAUGACCAGUACUGUGAGGAGAGAAAUUCCCAAAAUGGACGACGCCGAAUUCGAAGAGAUUAACGCGUUGAGCGGUGGAAAAUUGAGACAUUUACUCGUCGGAUCGCCAAGUGGAUAUGAAUGGACUGAAACUACCGAGCGAAUUCUGGAGCACGAAGCCGAGCUUAAUCUCACCGAUAACGUCAUCACUGACCCGAAAAUGCUCCCACGUGGCAAACGGCCGGAAUUCGAGCUCCCCGAGCAUCGGAGCCGACUAGAAGACGCGAAAGCUCAAUUUUUGAAGGAAUUUGGAGAUUUUGAGGAAAAUUCCGACAAAGAACAGCUGAAAAGUCAUUAAUUUCUAAUUUUUUUGUUGUUGUAUAUGUAGAAUUUUUUUCUUAGAACAGAGAUCUUUAUUUUCUUAGUUUUUUUUGUUAUUUUUCGUUUGAAAAAAAAUUUUGCAAAAAAAAAUCAAUAAAAAAUAAUUUAAAU